AUGCCAUUUUUUAAUACAUUAUACGACUUGGAUAUUUGUGCUAUACGUUUGUGGGAGACCUCUGGUAAUGGAUGGUGGCGUUGGAAUGUGCGAGUUUGUUUGAAGUCUAGUUUUGUUGGUGCUGAGAAAGUGGGUAUCUUGAUGACAGGUGCACGAGUAUAUAUUGGAAGGCUGUCAUAUAGAGCAGAAGAACGAGACAUUGAGCGGUUUUUUCGUGGAUAUGGGAAAAUCAGCGAAAUUUUGAUCAAAAAUGGAUAUGCUUUCGUAGAGUUUUGCGAUUACCGUGAUGCUGAAGACGCUGUUCAUGAGCUGCAUGGUCGUACAAUAUGUGGUGACAGAGUGAUAGUUGAACUAGCGAAAAGUAAACCUCGUGGGUGGGAUGCUGCCCGUUAUCAUGGUCGUUCUCGAUCCCCUUACAGACGAAGCCGGAGUAGAAGUGGUAGAGGACAUUCUUCACGUCGUAGAAGCAGGAGUCGUAAACGUAGUUCAUCGUCAAGUAGCAGUGACUCGACAAGUCCACGAAGACGUUCAGUAUCACCGAAAAGAAGCCCUAAAAAAGAAAGAUUUGAAAAAAGAAAAAGAGGGCGAAGCAGUUCAAGUUCUUCAUCUAGUCCAGAAUCUCGGAAAGAAACAAAGAGAAGUGGGAGUUCAAGGCGCAGAAAGGAUAGUGAGAAGAGAGAGAAGAAGAAAGAGAAGCGGUACUCCGACAGCGAAUCUAACUCUCAAGAUGAGGAUGAAAUAUACAAGAUCGUUGUUACAGGUUUUUCUAAGCAGGACAAAGUUGAAAAGGUUGAAAGUUGUGGGUUUGGCAAGGUUUCGCUAGGAGUUUUACAAUAG